AUUUUCCAUACAUACUCAUGUCUGAGAUGGAUUUUUUAGAAGAGCAAAGAGAAGAGAUCGAGAGCCUUAAAGCCAUAUUUCCUGAUGAAUUCUCCGAACUCAGUUCUUUCCCUCCGACGUUUAUGAUCAGAAUUGAUGAGCUAAACAUCCCUUCUUCCGUCACGUCGCUUCAACUGAAGAUUUCCCUUCCAUUGAAAUAUCCAGAAGAAAUUCCUUUGAUCGAGAUCCCAAAUCGCUCUAAUGUAAUGCCAAAAGAGUUCAUAGAAGAACUGAUCUCCUUCUUGAAAUGUUCGUGUGAGGAAUCUAUGGGAAUGCCUAUGGUGUUUGGCUUAGUAGAUUCAGCAAAAGAAUGGGUUGAGGAAAAUGCAAUGAGAUUCAACGGCUUUCAAGGAGACCAAGCAGCAGAAAUUGAAUCAGAUGAGGAAACAGAUGGUCAAGAUUCUAUUUACUUGGAAAAUUUCAAAGACAAAUUGGAAAUGAUCAAUGCAAAAGGUGGAAGAUGGGACUUCGUCAUUGGCCUAAUUGGUAAUAAUUAGACAUCAUAUAUAAUUAUUUAGGUAAAGUUAAAAUAUUAAUAAAAUAAAUACUCAGCAGUUUUAGCUACUAAGGCUUGAUUUCUGUUGUUCUCACGAUUGUGGUCAUUGUUCCUCCCAGAGAAGAAUUCCUGUGGUGAAGGAGUGAUUUUCAGAUGAACAGCUGGUUCAUUAUCAAGCUUACUGGACUGUUAGAGUAUUUUUCUAAAUUAACCUGGAUUGUAUUGGUUGUGCUAAACUACAUUUGAAGCACCAUUCACUGGUUUGCAAAACUCGUGCUAUUGUCCUUAACAGUCAGAUGUGAAACUUAAUCAAUUUCUAGUGUGUCCCUGGUGUUUUCCUACAGUUUUAACUCUCAGUUAUUUAUCUGUCUUUGUUAUGAUGAGGAGAAUGAUGAAUAGGAACAAUGUGUACAUCAUAAGAAGCUAAGGAGAACUUAUUUGUAAAUAAGUCAAUAAAUACAAGCUAAAUGCCUGGGGGUUGUGGUUGGAGCUGUUUGUAAGCCUCGUGAGAUAAAUAUUAAUAGAAAUAAAUUUUAGUUGUUAAAUUUUCAUUGAGAGGACUUAAAUUUAUUUUUCAGGGAAACCCUCAGCUGGAAAAUCCACUUUCUUUAAUGCUGCUACGCACCAAAAUAUGGCAAAGAUAGGUGCGCAUCCCUUCACCACAAUUGAACCAAAUAUUGGGCAGGCAUUUUAUGCAAUACCUUGCCCUUGUGUUCAGUGGAAUAAACAAUGUCAUGCUCGAUAUGGCCACAGUGCACAAGGUGAAAGGUUUGUUCCAGUCUUGCUCAAAGAUGUGGCUGGUUUGGUGCCAGGUGCAUGCGAAGGAAGGGGACGGGGAAACAAAUUUUUGAAUGAUCUCUUGGAUGCUGAUGUACUCAUUCAUGUUAUUGAUCUGUCAGGGCAGACAGAUGAGAAUGGAAAACCUACCACCGGUAAGUACUGGAGAUUAAAAUUUGAUUUAUUGGUUUUCUUCAUAAAAACAUUUUUAGUCAUAAUUAACCUUUUUACCCCCUUAGAAGUGACUAGCAUCUAAUUUCUCCUUACAAUAUCACUUCAGAAUCACACAUUUAGGUCACAGGAAUAUAGGAAAUGAUCACCACCUAAAUAAGCUCUUGAUUGUUUAACAAAUUCUCCUUGUCAGGGCCUUAAGAAAUCUGAGAUAACUACAGAGAAAAAGGCAAACUGGUGUUAGGGUAUAAAGGGUCUUGUCUUCUCUAGGGUGGCCUAUUCAUGUCAUAUUUUUCUUUUUAUGGUGAGCUUUUGAUUGUUCUUUUUUGUUAUCAGAUUAUGACCCUACAAGAGAUGUGGGAUGGAUCCAGCAAGAACUUCACAGCUGGAUUUAUGACAAUAUUAUGGACAAAUGGGACUCAAUUGUGAAGAAACCAGCCAAACUAUUUGACAUGUUCACUGGAUACCAUGCAUCUCAAGCAUUGAUUCACUUAGCAUUUGAGUCAGCAGGAAUCACAGAUAAAAACCUCCUUACUAUUCCUAAGACAGAAAAAGCAAAUGCUGAACUUUUGGUGCACAAAUUAGUUGAUAAAUUCUUGUGCUUGCGCUUUCCAAUUCUCUUAGCUCUUAACAAAGUUGACUUUCCUGAUGCUGUUCAAAAUUUGAAGAAAUUUCAAGAGCAGUUUGUGGACAUGACAAUGGUCCCUGUUAGUGCAAGGAGUGAGUGUAUUCUACAAAAGGCAUCCAAGGAUGGUGUGUUGACCUACCAAAGUGGUGCAUCAUAUUUUGAAAUUAACCAUCAAACUCAGGAUCUAAGUGAACAGUCCAAGAAAGAGUUGAUACAAGUAAAAACCAGUGUCCUUGAUGUCUUUGGUGACACUGGUGUCCUGCAAGCUUUGUCGCAAGCUGUGAGUCUCCGAUCACCAGUUUAUGCAUUUCCAGUUAACUGCCUUGAUACUUGUCAAUCGAUCAAUGUGAUCACAAAAGAGAAACCCCAGAUAUUCAGAGACUGUAUUGUGUUGAAACCAGGCACAACAGUAGAAAAACUCUUUAACAUCUUGCUUUAUCCACCAGUUUCUCUCCUUGCUGGAGAGUAUGUGAGAGCAGAAGGAGUCAGUUCCAAAGGAGUGAAAAGUGUAUUACAUAAACAUGACAUCGUGAAUGAGACAAACCAGAUUUUGAAAAUUAUGAGCACCAGGAAAGCUUCACACUCAACUAAGACUAGAAAAUAAGUAUCACUUUCAGAUAUUAGAACAGAUAUAAUUUAAGUACCUUCUAUGUUUAUUGAUUAAAUAUUCUUAAACAUUUGUAAACCAAAUAAGGAGGUGCGGAUUGGGUUGCAAAAACCUCCUGUCUCCCUCCUCCCCAGCACCCAGCUUUGUAACUCAUAUCCAGCUUUCUUUUGAAUCCUUUUCUCAAAUUUACAAAUUCUUGAAAAUUUAAGAAAAUAAUAUCCUG